AUGCGUCCCCUGCCGGCGGCGCAAGGUCAAGGUCAGUCAGCUCCAACCUUCACGCCCUGUCCUCCCCCCCCCUCCGCCUCAUCACGCCAGACUAACCGCGGGCGAAACCAGUGCGACCUGAGCCUGCCACAGUGUCAGCGUUGCCUCGACCUGCGCAUCGCCUGUCCUGGACCACGCGUCGGUGCCUUUUUUGUGCACUGCUCCCAACAACAACAACAGCAGCAGCAGCAGCUGUCGGCGGCACUCACCCGCAUCCCGCCCCCUGCCACGUCCUGUCGCGCCGCCGCCUGGGACCGGCUCUUCCUCGCCCACUUUGUCGAGUCCUUCGGCCUUCCCGGGGGCGCCGUCGUCGGAGGACCCCCCACCUGGCUCGAGACGCUGCCCUCCUUCCUCGGCCGCGGCCGCGACGGCGCCCUGGCCACGGCGUCGAUCCGCUCCGCCUCCAUGCUGAGCUACGGCACCUGGGCAUGCGACGAGGUCAUCCGUGCCGACUCGUACCGGUGGUACGCCACCGCCCUCGCUCAGCUGGGCCGCUCCAUCAAUGACAGCCGACAGCAACCGCUCGAGACGGCCCUCUGCGCGGCGGUCAUGCUCAUCCACUUUGAGACGUGGGCCGGCACCGCGCCUGACGCCUGGGUGCAGCACGUCCGCGGCGCGGCCGCCCUGCUCCGCGCGGCCGGCCCGGAGGCCGUGGGGACGGACAGUGGUGGUGGGUUUGUGCGGGCGGUAUUUAGCCACCUCCGCUUUCAGGUCUUCCUCGCGUCGAUGCAGGACGGCACGCUGCACGCGUUUGCGCGGCCGCCGUGGCUGGAGGCGCCGUUUCGCGAGCAGAGAGGGACGCUGUUUGACGAGCUGGUAGACGCCCUGUUUGCGGUGCAGCGGUGUCUAUUCACAGUUCAGCAGCAAGUCGAAACCCUCGAUUUAUCUUUCAAUAUUUCUGAUAUUUCUACAGUCGUGGGAUCCUUGGUGGAGGAUGCGGCAGGACAGCUGUCUGCGUGGAACGAAAAGUACAUUCCGUUGCUGCGACCUGCUCCUCAUGUCGGCAAUCCUCGAGGGGAUGAGUUGAUCGUCAAGUUGAGCUCGAAGACAGGACCUGGCCUUCCGGAAGCAGCUCUCCUGUCCCUCUUCCACGCCGGCCGGGUCAUUGUCUCUCAGCUGGCGUCCGCCACCGGCGUGACCGACGUACCCGACACCGCGGCCGAGGACUCCCGCGUCAUCUUGGAGGCAGCCAGCUCCGACGCGCAAGGCCACUCCCCGCCGAGCAGCAAGCUCCGACCGUUCAUGCUCCUCCCGGGGCUCAAGAUUGCCAGCGUCUGGAGUCCCUUGCCAGAGAUGCGGGCGGAAGCUCGCGCGCUGCUGCUGGACGAGCAGAUCUUGGCAAGCCCCAUGGCAGAUAUUGCGCUGACGUCGGAGGGCUACUUCUCACGGCUGGCGACGCUCAUAAAAAACCCUGAUGAGAAAGGAAAGGUAAAGAGUUCGCUCGGGAGUUCAGGCCAGGAGCUGCAGCCUACUAAUGCUCUCGAGGAGCAAGAUAGAUCAUUGCUCAGGACUGUCAUCACUAUCAUCACUAUCAUCACUAUCAUCACUAUCAUCACUAUCAUCACUAUCAUCACUAUCAUCACUAUCAUCACUAUCAUCACUAUCAUCACUAUCAUCACUAUCAUCACUAUCAUCACUAUCAUCACUAUCAUCACUAUCAUCACUAUCAUCACUAUCAUCACUAUCAUCACUAUCAUCACUAUCAUCACUAUCAUCACUAUCAUCACUAUCAUCACUAUCAUCACUAUCAUCACUAUCAUCACUAUCAUCACUAUCAUCACUAUCAUCACUAUCAUCACUAUCAUCACUAUCAUCACUAUCAUCACUAUCAUCACUAUCAUCACUAUCAUCACUAUCAUCACUAUCAUCACUAUCAUCACUAUCAUCACUAUCAUCACUAUCAUCACUAUCAUCACUAUCAUCACUAUCAUCACUAUCAUCACUAUCAUCACUAUCAUCACUAUCAUCACUAUCAUCACUAUCAUCACUAUCAUCACUAUCAUCACUAUCAUCACUAUCAUCACUAUCAUCACUAUCAUCACUAUCAUCACUAUCAUCACUAUCAUCGCUCUCAUCAGUAUGGGCAGUAUAAUUAGUACCAUUAGUACCAUUAGUAUCAUGAGUAUUGUUAGUAUCAUCGCCAUCACUAUUAUCGCUGGCAUAGCGUUGGCCUCGACGGCAGCUUUGCGAGCGCAAUAG